GCGCCCCCUGUGUGGCCCCGCGAUGGCUGCUGGGAGUUGUUGUGCCAGCCGCCGCCAUUACGGUUACUGGCCUGUGCCUGGGAGUGAGCAGGAGCCAGCCAGGAGAAUUUGAAGCACGGCCGGGAACGUGGCGUCGGUAGCCGGGAAACUACUCCGAACGUGAGCCGAGGACCGAAGGCCCCAUCCUCCCGCUCCCAGGCCGUAGCUAUGUCCCUGGUGGCCUAUGCCAGCAGCGGGGAGAGCGACUCGGACUCGGAGAUGGCCACGGAGUCGCAGCAGAAGUCUGCGGGGGAUCUCUACUCAAACCCGCCACCUUCACGGCCAGACCUGCCGCCGCCACCUGCAGCCCAGGCCGAAGCCGCGGCCUAUCCUGGCCAGUACGCCCGCCAGAGCCCCGGGGAGCAAGAGCCGCCCAACACGGGCUACUAUGGCCCCCCGGGGGUGUACGGGCUUGGCUACCCCCUAGGAUAUGGGCCCCCGCUGCCAAACUACGGGCCCUCAUCCUACGGGGCACCCAGCUAUCCUGCCAACACGGCCCCACCGGGGUAUGGAGGCUAUGGCCACAACAACCAGGGCCACGGGGCUUCCAGCUACUCCAACCUAGCAUACAGCCCCCAGGGGCCCAACCAGAGCAACUUCCCUCCUCCUGGCCUCAAUAUGCCACCCCAACAGCGGGGCCAUGGCAUGAACCUUCCGCCGCCACAUGGUGGGCCUGGCAUGAACUUGCCUCCUCCUCAGGGUGUCCCAAGCAUGAAUCACCCGCCCCCGCAAGGUAGCGCCAACAUGAAUCACCCAUCCCUACAAGGUGGCCCCAAUAUGAAUCAGCCUCCCCCUCAGGGUGGCCCAGGUAUGAAUCACCCGUCCCUGCAAGGUGGACCCAAUAUGAAUCAGCCUCCCCCUCAGGGUGGCCCAGGUAUGAGUCACCCGUCCCUGCAAGGUGGCCCCAAUAUGAAUCAGCCUCCCCCUCAGGGUGGCCCAGGCAUGAAUCACCCGUCUCUGCAAGGUGGCCCCAAUAUGAAUCAGCCACACCCCCAGGGUGGCCAAGGUAUGAAUCACCCACCCCCGCAAGGUGGCCCCAACAUGAAUCACCCGACUCUGCAAGGUGGCCCCAAUAUGAAUCAGCCACACCCCCAGGGUGGCCAAGGUAUGAAUCACUCACUCCCGCAAGGUGGCCCCAACAUGAAUCACCCGACUCUGCAAGGUGGCCCCAAUAUGAAUCAGCCACACCCCCAGGGUGGCCAAGGUAUGAAUCACCCACUCCCGCAAGGUGGCCCCAACAUGAAUCACCCGACUCUGCAAGGUGGCCCCAAUAUGAAUCAGCCACACCCUCAGGGUGGCCAAGGUAUGAAUCACCCACCCCCUCAAGGUGGCCCCAACAUGAAUCACCCGCCCCUUCAGGGUGGCCCAGGCAUGAAUCACCCACCCCCGCAAGGUGGCCCCAAUAUGAAUCAGCCACCCCCUCAGGGUGGCCCAGGCAUGAAUCACCCGUCUCCACAAGGUGGCUCUGGCAUGAAUCACCCGCCCCAUCAGGGUGGGCCAGGCAUGACUCACCCGAUGCCUCAAGGUGGCCCAGGUAUGAAUCACCAAUCCCCUCAUGGUGGCCCAGGUAUAAAUCACCCACCUCCUCAAGGUGGCCCAGGUAUGAAUCACCCACCUCAUCAAAGUGGCCCAAAUAUGAAUCUUCCUCCCCCUCCAGGUAGCCCAAACAUGAAUCUUCCUCCCCCUCUAGGUAGCCCAAACAUGAAUCUUCCUCCACCUUCAGGUAGCCCGAACAUGAAUCUUCCUCCCCCUCAAGCUGGCCUAAACAUGAGUCUUCCUCCCCCUCAAGGUGGCUCAAACAUGAAACAUCCUCACCCUCAAGGUGGCGCAGGCAUGGGCCGUCUUUCCUCAAAUGGUAGCCAAGGAAUGAAUUUGCCUCCACCUCAAAGUGGACCAGGAAUGAACUUGCCUCCCCCUCAGAGUCCUGCAAGAAUGAGUUUACCUCCCCCUCAGAGUGGGCCAGGAAUGAACUUACCACAUCUUCCAGGUGGUUUAGGACUACACAUGCCCCCUCCCCAAAGUACACAUGGCUUGAAUCUGCCACCUCCACAAGGCAACCAUGUCUUAAAUUUGCCUCCACCACAGAACAGCACUGGUUUAAACUUACCCUCCCCUCAGUCUAGUCCUGGGCUUAAUAUUCCUCCCCCAAUGGGUGGCCAUGCAUUGAAUCUUCCACCGCCACAAGUCAGCCCAGGGCUUAGCCUACCGCCGCCAAUGAGUGGUCAAGGACUUAACAUUCCCCCUCCACAACUGAGUCCGUCAUCCUCGGUUGGUGUGGAACCACGGAUGCCUUUACCUUUGCCUAAAGUUUCUGGCCACAGCAUAAACCUUGCACCUCUAGAUAAUGAUAGUUUGGGAAAUUCCAGACCGAAGAAGAGAUCUGAACCUGUAAAGAUUAGUAUUCCUGAGCUGCACACUGGAGGGUCUGAUUCUGAGGAAGAUGAACCAACCAGGAAAAAAAGUGCCACUCAGGUCUCCAAGGAAGGGUUCGGAUUGUCGUCCUUACUCCCUCAACCGAAAAAUGCCCUCGGCGGAGAUUCCAAACGUACACUCCUUCCCUACAGCUUCACAAAGAAGUCUUCUGACGCUCCUAGCGAGCCGAAGCCUCCUAAGAAGGCCACAGUGUCCAAACCCAAGCUCACCCCCAAUCCCGAAGUAUCGCACACACCAUCUCCGUCUGCCAUCAAAGCUGCAGCGAAAAAUGCUGCUCUGCAGGUCACCAAGCAGAUCACACAGGAAGAGGACGAGGAAAGCGACGAGGAGUUCCAGCAGGGCAACUUUUUCUCAUUGUCCGAGAGCAGGGACGUUCCUGGCGCCACCGCUGUCACUGCCACCACAGAAAGUUUUACUUACCCACUGGUCCCCAUGGUCAACGAUGAUGGACCUCCGGGAGUCGAUGUCGUUGAGCUGCAGAAUGAGGCCGCAAAUGCCCCGUUAGAGUUUAAAACUGCAACCGGUCCAAGCACCAACCAGCAGUGGUCGGGAUCAUCUAAAGAAGAGUACAGCAGCCAGCCGUACGGCCAGUAUCCAGAGUACACCGCCCCUAGUGGAGCUUCAUACUAUCAGCAGGAUUAUUACAGUAGCGGUUAUUACCCAGAAUCGGAGCAGGCACCUACCGCCCUGCGAGACCUCUCUGCCAGCGACUCCUUCAUGGAUGACGAAGCGUUUAAACGCUUGCAGGGGAAGCGCAACCGAGGGAGGGAAGAAAUUAACUUUGUGGAGAUUAAAGGUGACGACCAGCUGAGUGGUAACCAGCAGUGGCUGACCAAGGCUCUGACGGAAGAAAAGAACAUGAAGUCUUUCAGUAAGAAAAAAGGAGAACAGCCGACGGGACAGCAACGGCGAAAGCAUCAAAUUACCUAUCUGAUCCACCAGGCUAAAGAGCGGGAACUGGAGCUGAAGAACGCCUGGUCAGACAACAAGAUGAGCCGUCGUCAAACACAGGCUAAAUACGGGUUUUGAUCUCUUUUUCCCAGCGGGGGGAGAUGUAGUCAAACAUUGCGAGUCUGCUGCAGUUGGGAAUUCCAUCUUAAUAUUGCCAAGCGGUCGGGGAAAGGCGGACAGCUGGACUGGUCAUUGCUGCCUUGUGUUAUUUAAGGACUUCUAACUACAGAACAGUUCUGUCCUGUAUUAAUGUGAUUACCCUGGACUCUGUCUAUGCCAGAAUUGCUGUUGGAUUUUUUUUUGGAGGGUAGGUUUUUUUUUUUUUGUAAGACUGGUAAUGAAAGGAUGUACUGAUAAAAUGUGUGACCAAGAUGGAGCAGUCUGGACAUUUAAAGACUGUUACAAAAGCAGCGCUAUCGUUCAUCUGCUUACCCGUUGCGUGGAUUUAAUGCCUGCCACUUUCAUCCUUUUCACCUUUUUAAAUCAGAGUGGACCUAGCAGCAGUGCACACCGCUAGUCCCUAGAGCUUAGUUCUGCCGUCGCAAUGGCUCCUCCACUGUGUGUAGGUGAUCGAUGCACUAUAAAGAUACGUAGCCAGUUAUAGACCAUGUAACAGCCACCCUGCAAUGGCAUAAAUGUCUGCUCCCCAGCCACAGCCACCGUUUGGUUCUCUAAGCUUUGGCAUAGGUGGAUUCUUGAAGAUUCCUCAAGCCUUUACCCCUGCUGUCCGCAGCUUCAUUGGUCACUGGCAAAUGUUCAAAGAAGGCUGUGCUUUUGUAGGCGCUGAAGAAGGUCCUUAAAUUAAAAAAAAAAUGACAUUUUGUAAGAGGAACGUUAAACUAGGUUUAAGGUCCAUUUUACAGAUAUACUUUAAUAAAACAUUUUUUUUGUUUUUGUAGUAUCCUCUCCUCUGUAAUAAGCAGUGAGGGACAGUUCUGUGACACUUUCUAAGGCUGCGUGCAACCUACUGUUUGACGAAUGUCUAAUGUAAAAUAGAGCAAGUGAAUCAUAUCUCUGGACCGGAGGAUUUUCGAUCGGUGACCUCAACUACGGGGUCUUUGGCUACCCCCACAUCCUGGGGAGGGUUACCGCUAUCUGUGCACAGUGACUAUGAUUUUUCCAAAAAGCCUGUAUAUCCAAUGCAAGAUGGCGGCACGGGCAAGCAUGGGGUUUAUAGAGAUGCCACAUCUGGUCGGCACACGACGCGGCUGAAUGAUGAAGUGGGUUGGUUGAUCGCCCCCGUGAAGUCUCGAAGGAGCUUAAAGAACGUGCAGCUGUGAUCAUUUAUGUUUUGUGAUCUCUUGUACAUAAUGUAAACUGUAUAUAUAUAUUUUUUUGAGUUGAAA